AUGCUAAAUGCUGAACAGCAACACGCGGAGCGUGUUGAGCUGCUAAAGCAGACCUACGAAAAGGAGAUAAUGGCAGCCAAGGCCGAUUACGAGGGGAAAGGGGGGGGGGGGGGAGGGCGUGAGGUAGCCGAGAAAGUAGCCAAGGCUACUACCCAAACGUCUUUGAGGGAUAAGCUGGCUACCAAGGAAACGCAGCUGGGCGAGCUGCGAGCCUCCAACGCUCAGAUUGCCAGUGACCUACUGGUCAAGGAAGAGGAGACAACAAAGCUCAGCAAUGAGCUACGGGAGGAAACAGCCGAGCCCAUCAAGCUUGGGCCACAGUGA